AUGAGAAUGGAUUCUAUAAAUUUUCAAAAGCUAAUAUCAGUAUUAAAUCCUCUUCCAAUUUUUCAAAAUAAUAAUAAUAAUUUACAAGUCUCUGUUAAACUUCAAUUUGCAGUUUUUUUAAAAAGAAUUGGUUCUAAAGAAAAUAUUUUUGAAAUAUGUUCAAGGUUUGGAAUUGCUGAAGGAACUGUUUAUUUAUAUUGUAAAAGAAUAAUGAUUGCAAUUUCUUCAUUAAAAAAAUUUUUAGUUAAAUGGCCAACAAAUGAAACUAAACAAAGAGUACAUGAAGGGUUUAAAAAUAUUGGUGGAAUGGAAAAUGUAAUUGGUGCAAUAGAUGGAAGUCAUAUAGUAUUAGCAAAUGCCCCAUUAAAACAACCUGAGUCAUAUUGGAGUAGGAAAAAAAGAUAUUCUAUACAAUUACAAGGAAUUGUAGAUCAUAAAGGCAUAUUUAUAGAUUAUGAGAUUGGGUGGCCUAGUUCAGUUCAUGAUGCUAAAGUAUAUAAAAAUUCUCAUUUUUAUCUUAAUGCUUCUGAAAUUGUUAAAGGUAAAUUACAUUCAUUUUUCAAAGAUUCUUCAUUUUCAUUAUUAGUAAAACUAUUUACUAUAAAAGAAGAUCUUUCAUUAUAA